CGCUAGCCAACGUUAGUAUUUAUACAGAAAGAUCCUACGGCUCGUGGCUGACUAGUUUUCUGCAGCUCGAUAUAGGCCUAGUAUUAAUUUUCCGAUCCGUUCUCACCAAAAUCCUGUGAAAAGCAAAAGUUCUCAUUCGAAUGUCGCUCUUCGGUUCUGUCGGCACUACGUCGACAACAGCGGGCCAAACAAACACCACCGGCGAUAUAUCUAAAGAUGUCGCCCUCAAUUCGCCUCCUGAAGAUAGCAUUUCUGAUCUUCAGUUUUCUCCCGCCGGUGAACAUCUUGCAGUAGCUUCAUGGGACAAGAAAGUCCGCAUUUAUGAGAUCAAUGAUCAGGGACAGAGCGAAGGAAAAGCUCUCUUUGAGCAUGAAGCUCCAGUCUUAAGCUGCUGCUGGGCACCGGAUGGAACGAAAGUAGUAGGCGCUGGUGCCGAUAAGGCCGCACGCAUGCUCGAUCUCGCUGCCAAUGCUACCACCCCCGUCCAAGUCGCAGCCCAUGAUGCUCCGAUCAAAUGCUGCCAGAUGAUUCCGAACCCUGCUGGAGGCACACCCCUUUUAGUGACCGGCUCGUGGGACAAGACAGUCAAAUACUGGGAUCUACGGCAAUCGACCCCGAUCGCCACGGUAGAAUGUCAGGAUCGUGUCUACACCAUGGAUGUCAAGAACAAGCUGCUAGUGGUUGGGACUGCGGACCGAUACAUCAAUAUCAUCAAUCUCGACAACCCCACCAAAUUCUACAAGACUAUGCAAUCCCCUCUCAAGUGGCAGACGCGAGUAGUCAGCUGCUUUACAGAUGCCACAGGUUUUGCUGUUGGCAGCAUUGAGGGCCGCUGUGCUAUUCAGUACGUGGAAGACAAGGACUCUAGCUCGAACUUCAGCUUCAAGUGUCAUCGAGAGACACCCCCAAACCAACGCGACAUCAAUAACAUUUAUUCCGUCAAUGCUAUCUCUUUCCACCCGGUUCAUGGCACGUUCAGCACCGCCGGCAGCGAUGGAACCUUCCAUUUCUGGGACAAAGACGCCAAACAUCGCCUAAAGGGAUAUCCCUCCGUAGGGGGGACCAUCUCCAGUACAGCAUUCAACCGCAAUGGUAAUAUAUUUGCUUACUCUGUGAGCUACGAUUGGAGCAAAGGCUACUCGGCCAACACCCAACAACUUCCCAAUAAAGUAAUGCUUCAUCCGGUUGCUCAGGAAGAAGUGAAGCCCAGACCCGGUACCAGGAAGAGGUAAUCUCAUCUUAUCUGAGGUAUGAUGUUGGCGCAGUUGGGGGUUUGGUGUAGUCGGUGUCAGCCUUGGGUUGGUAUCUUUCGAACUUUUGAGUCCCUUGUCCAGUGAUAUGAAUGGUCAGCGGUCGACAGCUCCCUUCCUGCGUUACUUUCCUGAGGGUUUGGCUGUUUUAUCUUUUUAUGUUAUUAUCCCCGAUUUAUGUACCUUUUUUUUCACUUUUUCCUGUGGGAAUGCAUAUGAGCGAAUUAAUCUAUGAUAUCUUUGCAUGUUUGCAAUUUCUCGUGGAUGAAAAUGCACUCCAGUUCCAUGAACAGGGAAACAGUAGACCAAUGUGGGAUUCUAGUUUCUUUGGGAAAGUUGAAACGUAGAGGGUGCUACCUGUAGAGCAUCGAUAACUCCCCGGGUCAAAAGAAGGAAAGCAAGGAAAUGAAAAGUCAUGGAACUUGUAUCGGUACUUUUAAUAUUAGUGGCCUACCUUACCUGUCAAUCUGGCAAGCCCUGGAAGUUGUUCCCGCUUCUUGAGGUUGUUUGUUUCUUAUGCUCCAUUAGGAAGGAUAAUGAAUGGUCACCAUAAGUGAAUGGAGGUCAAAAAGUGGGGUGGAUUAUUUUUUUUUUUUUUAUUAUCAGAGGGCAGGGAGAGAGAGG